CUCUGUUUCUUUCCUCCUUUGCCUUCUCUCGGUCUCUCUCCUCCCUUGGUCUUCCUUUCCUGGCGGCGACGACUGGGCGAACGCCGGCGCCAUCCGUCACGUCUUCGCCCGGCCCUUUGCCGGCGCCGAGCAUCCACCAGCCCUCUUGGUUAAGCUUUGGCGGGGCUUAGCAUCGUGCACUAGCGACCUGUGGCGCUGUAAUACAUAGAUGACAGUUGAGGUUUCCAUAUCUUCCUCUGGAAAUGCAUCCCCCACUGACUUUACACAGGCAUCCUAUGUGCGCUGAGAUUAUCGAAGAAUUCCAGAAGUGCCAUUUGGACCACCCUGUCAAGAAGUUCUUUGGAGAAUGCACCGACCUUAAAAUCAAACUAGAUCACUGCUUCCGCCAGGAGAAAGCUUUGAAACGAAAGGCAAACUUUGAAGCAAGCAAGAAAUUUAAAGAACAGCUGCAGGCCUACAAAAGAGAAAUUGCAGAGAAAAACCAGGAAUAAGAACUUGGAACAAAGGUCAAGGACCUAAAGGUGGAUGCUCUUUAUCUGUGGCAGGAUGUCCUCAGUUGCUUCUAAAAAAACUCUCACAUGAUGAGUGGCAGCUAAAACCAGCAGCUAGAAGUUUAUGUUCUUCCUUGAUUCUGAGAUGUGCUGCUUUUUCCAUGUUCAUCCAUGCUUGUGUAAUAACGAUGAAGCUUUGUAUCAUACAUAGACAAAUCACUUUUGUUGCUUAAUACAGACAGUUUUAUUAGGAA